AUGGACCACGAGGGCCACGGAACCCACGUUGCCGGCAUCGUCGCCGGCGACGGCAAGUGGCAAGCCGUCCCGUCCGUCUCCUCGUACGCGGAUGCUAACGAGCCACUCUGCAGGCUCACCGGAGUUGCUCCCGAGGCGGAGCUCCUCGUGUACAAGGUCUUCGCCGAUGUUCGUCCCUGCCCGCCUGCUUGA